CCUCUCCCUCUCUCUCUCUAACUAUGUGUUGAAGAGCAAAGUGAGACUGCACAAAGGACUGACUGAGAGAAGUGUGAGAGAGAAAGUCAGUAGAGCUGUGAAGGAAGAGUAAGGGGGUGAAUGUUUGAAAGUCCUUCUGAAAAGACUGAAGCUGGCCCUAGAGGAACAGAGGAGGACUUUUGCAUUCUGGAAUGUCUCGUCGACCAGGUCACUGUUGAACUUUUAAAAGAGAGAAAGGGAAAAUAAGUAGGACACGGAGGGGAGAGGAAAAAAAGAGGAAAGUGUCAGAAUACAGACAGAGCCAAAGAAUCUGCAGGAAAAAAAGAGGGGGAAACUGAUACUUGGCUGUAAACACCAUUCUGGUCGAAGAUGGAAGUCUACACUGUAACAGUAGCAACUGGUACAUCAGAGUAUUCAGGCACCAACAACUACAUCUUUGUGACCCUGGUGGGAGAGAAAGGCGAGAGUGAGCGCACCCUGCUGGACAACCCUGGACUGGACUUCUGUCGAGGAGCAGUGGAUCAGUACAAGGUGACCAGUCCUUCACCGUUAGGCUCCCUGCUCCUGGUCAGACUGGAGAAACAGAAGUACUGGGUGGAAGAUAACUGGUUCUGUCGCUAUGUCACAGUGGAGCCUCCAGCUGAGGACAAAGUGCUGACUUUCCCCUGUUACCGCUGGCUUAUUGGAGACGUAAAGGUGGAGAUAAGAGAGGGAACAGCGAAGACACUGAGGGAUGACUCCUUACUUCAGCUGCUGGCACACAGGAAGACAGAACUUCAGGAGAGACGGAUGGCUUACAGGUGGGUAACGUGGGCUCCAGGGAUUCCCAGAUGUAUCGACGCUAAAACAGAAGCAGAUUUACCCCAAGACGUGCGCUUUGACAAUGAGAAGAGGAGUGACUUUGAACAUUCAUUACACUAUGCCUUGCUGGAGUUGUCUCUGAAGAAGCUAGCCAUCAGGUUUGGGAAGUCCUGGAGUGACCUGGACGAUUUUAAACGGAUCUUCUGGAAGCUGCGAAGCCCCAUAGCUGAGUACUGUAUGGAGCAUUGGAAGGAAGACUGGUUCUUUGGCUACCAGUGUAUGAAUGGCUCCAACCCAAGGAUGAUCAAGAGCUGCAACAAGCUGCCAGAAAACUUCCCUGUCACCUCAGACAUGGUGCAGAGCUCCAUGGCUCCCAGGACUAACCUGGACAAAGAACUCAAGGCAGGGAAUAUCUAUUUGUUAGACUACGCCAUCAUGGAUGGGAUUCCCACCAAUACAAUCAAGGGUAAACCUCAGUACAUUGCUGCUCCGCUCUGUCUCCUGUACCAACACCCAGAUGAAGGACUCAUACCUAUUGCUAUACAGGUAUAUUAUCCAUAAUGCCCAUAGACCUGUACUGAAAUUCUGAAUGAACUCAACAUUUCAAUGAUGCAUCCUGAGAAUACUGAAAAAUAUGAGAAUAUUAAGUGAAGACCUGAAACUAUUGAAUGAAAGAAAAUACAUAAUAACCUUAAAACACUGAAUAACAAUCUGACAAUAUUAAAUGUAAUUAAAGCUGCAAGCAGCGUUGGGCGGGACCUCGCACUCUGUGCAACCCGGGGCGUGCUGC